AUGACGGGCACAAAAUGGUUUCAACAUGUGAUUGAGACCCCAGAGCCUGGCAAGUGGGAGUUGUCUGGGUAUGAGGCAGCCCUGCCAAUCACAGAGAAGUCAAACCCACUGACCCAGGACCUCGACAGAGCAGAUGCCGAGCAAAUUGUUUGAUUGCUGGGACAGUGUGAUGCUGAGAUCUUCCAGGAGGAGGGGCGAGUCAUGCCCACAGACCAGAGACUGUAUAGUGAAUCAAUUCUGACCACCAUGGUCCAAGUGGCUGGCAAAAUUCAGGAAGUGCUGAAGGAACCUGAGGGGGGGCUGGUGGUGCUGAGUGGAGGGGGCAACUCUGGCAGGAUGGCGUUUCUCAUGUCAAUCUCCUUCAACCAGCUGAUGAAAGGUCUAGGACAGAAACCUCUUUACACCUACCUCAUUGCAGGCGGUGAUAGGUCUGUGGUGGCCUCUAGGGAGGGGACAGAAGAUAGUGCCCUGCACGGGAUUGAAGAACUGAAGAAGGUGGCCGCUGGGAAGAAGAGGGUGAUUGUCAUUGGCAUUUCGGUGGGACUCUCUGCUCCCUUUGUGGCAGGCCAGAUGGACUACGGCAUGGACAACCCAGCCACCUUCUUGCCAGUCCUGGUUGGUUUCAACCCUGUGAACAUGGCCAGAAACGACCCCAUAGAAGACUGGAGUUCCACAUUCCAACAAAUAGCAGAGCACAUGCAGAAGCUGCAAGAGAAACAGGAAGCUUUUGUGCUCAAUCCUGCUGUUGGGCCUGAGGGCCUCAGUGGCUCCUCCCAGAUGAAAGGUGGAAGCUUGACCAAGAUCCUGCAGGAAACCUUGCUACUGGCCGCCCAUAAGACUGUGGACUGAGGCAUCGCAGGUCCCCAGUUCUCCUUCUCCCAAGAGGACUCCCUGACUUCCAUCUUGCCAUCCCUCACAGAAAUCGACACUGUGGUCUUCAUUUUUGCCCUGGAUGACAACCUCACGGAGGUGCAGGCGCUGGUGGAGCGUAAGGAGAAGACUGCCAACAUCCAGGCCCUGGCGCAUAGCACCGUGGGGCAGACCCUGCCGACCCCUCUGAAGAAGCUCUUCCCCUCCAUCAUCAGCAUCACGUGGCCACUGCUUUUCUUUGAAUAUGAAGGGAACUUCAUCCAGAAGUUCCAACAUGAGCUAAGCACCAAGUGGGUGCUGAAUACCUUGAGUACAGGGGCCCACGUGCUUCUUGGGAAUAUCCUCCAAAACCCCAUGUUAGAUCUGCGCAUUCGCAACUCCAAGCUCUUCUGGAGGGCACUGGCCGUGCUGCAGCGGUUCUCUGGACAGCCCAAGGCUCGAUGCAUCCAGACCCUCCUGCAGGUGAUCCACUCUCCCCAGCCACUGUCGGAUGACAUUUGGGCUGCUCCCAUCUCCUUCCACAUGCAGCUCGCACAUGAGAAGGAGCAGGUGAUCCCGGUAGCCCUGCUGAGCCUCCUAUGUCGUUGCUCCAUCCCCAAGGCGCAGGCGCGGCUGGCUGCCGCUCCGUCGGUCUGUGAGGCUGUCCGGAGCGCCCUCUCUGGGCCAGGUCGGAAGCGCAGCGCGGACCCCCUGGAAGCCCCAGAGCCUACUCCGCUGUGAACUGGUAUUUCUGGGCGCGUGAAGCCCUUGGAGGCAUGGUGGACUCGCCAGCACGGGAGUAGGAGGAGAGGCCCAGUUCCCGGGGCCACCCGCAGCCCAGGGUGGGAGAAAAGAGGCUCUGUACUUUGGGAGGGAGUGUCCCUGCUUUUGA